GAUUCUUCAAUGAUCAAGGGAACUCCGGUAAACAUCAUAGUCGGAUCACACGUGUGGGCUGAGGAUCCUGAAGUUGCAUGGAUCGACGGAGAAGUUGUAGAAAUCAAAGACAGAGAUGCUACAAUAGUUACCACAAAUGGGAGAACUAUAGUUGCAGAUGUCUCAAGCAUAUAUCCAAAAGACACAGAAGCACCACCAGCAGGGGUUGAUGACAUGACCAAAUUAGCUUACCUCCAUGAACCGGGAGUGCUUCACAAUCUUGCUUCUCGGUUUUCUCUCAAUGAGAUAUAUACUUACACUGGGAAUAUUCUAAUAGCGGUGAAUCCUUUCCGGAGACUUCCACACUUGUACGACAUCCACAUGAUGGAACAAUACAAAGGCGCAGCUUUUGGUGAGCUAAAUCCACAUCUUUUUGCCAUUGCAGACGCUUGUUACAGGGCAAUGCUACAUGAACAUGGAAGCCAAUCCAUCUUGGUAAGUGGAGAGAGUGGGGCUGGUAAAACAGAGACAACAAAAAUGCUUAUGAGAUACCUUGCAUUCAUGGGGGGCAGAUCUGGUGCUGAAGGAGGAAGAACAGUUGAACAACAAGUAUUAGAGUCCAACCCGGUCUUGGAAGCAUUUGGGAACAAAGGGAUUAUAAAAUUUACAUGACUGAAUGGUUGUACCAGUCGUUUUGGUAAAUUUGUAGAGAUCCAAUUCGAUAAGCAUGGGAAGAUCUCUGGAGCUGCAGUUCGAACAUAUCUUCUUGAAAGAUCGCGUGUUUGCCAAGUCUCUGACCCAGAGAGGAACUACCACUGCUUUUACAUGCUCUGUGCAGCCCCACCUGAAGAUGUGAAGAAAUUCAAACUAGGAGACCCAAAAACAUACCACUAUCUAAAUCAAACCAAUUGUUAUGAAGUGGCAAAUGUGGAUGAUGCAAGGGAAUAUCUGGAGACCAGAAAUGCCAUGGAUAUUGUAGGAAUCAGCCAGGACGAGCAGAAUGCUAUAUUCCGUGUGGUAGCUGCAAUACUUCAUCUUGGAAACAUAGACUUCAUCAAAGGGAAUGAAACAGAUUCUUCAAAACUGAAAGAUGAGAAAGCACGCUACCAUCUUCAAACAGCUGCAGAGCUACUCAUGUGUGAUGAGAAAGCACUUGAAGACUCACUUUGCAAGCGUGUGAUAGUAACUCCAGAUGGAAAUAUUACAAAACCACUAGAUCCAGCUUCAGCUGUCACAAGUCGUGAUGCCCUGGCAAAGACAAUAUACUCCAGGCUUUUUGAUUGGAUUGUAGACAAGAUAAACAAUUCAAUUGGCCAGGAUCCCGAUGCAAAAAGUAUAAUUGGAGUCCUUGAUAUUUAUGGUUUUGAGAGCUUCAAGAUCAACAGUUUUGAACAGCUGUGCAUCAAUCUAACAAAUGAGAAGUUGCAACAGCAUUUUAAUCAGCAUGUAUUCAAGAUGGAGCAAGAGGAGUACACAAAAGAGGAAAUCAAUUGGAGUUAUGUCGAAUUUGUAGAUAACCAAGAUAUUUUGGAUCUUAUUGAGAAGAAACCUGGGGGUAUAAUUGCUCUUCUUGAUGAAGCCUGUAUGUUUCCCAAGUCGACCCACGAGACAUUUGCACAAAAGAUGUACCAGACAUAUAAAAAUCACAAACGCUUUAGCAAGCCAAAACUUGCUCAAACAGACUUCACAAUUAACCAUUAUGCUGGAGACGUUACUUACCAAGCUGAUCAAUUCCUAGACAAGAACAAGGAUUAUGUUGUAGCAGAACAUCAAGCUCUAUUAGAUGCCUCGAAAUGCAAUUUUGUUGCAAAUCUCUUCCCUCCUUUACCUGAGGAAAUGUCAAAACAGUCCAAAUUCUCAUCCAUUGGUACCCGCUUCAAGCAACAGCUACAAUCUUUAAUGGAAACCCUGAGUACAACAGAACCACAUUACAUCAGAUGUGUGAAGCCCAAUACAGUUUUGAAACCUGGAAUCUUUGAGAACAUCAAUGUCUUAAAUCAGUUAAGAUGCGGGGGCGUACUAGAGGCAAUUAGGAUAAGCUGUGCCGGAUAUCCAACAAAAAGAAGAUUUGAUGAGUUCCUUGACCGCUUUGGGAUGUUAACUCCAGAUGUUUUGGACGGAUCUGACGAAAAAUCAGCAUGCAUUGCCAUCUGUGACAGGAUGGGCUUAAAGGGUUACCAGAUUGGGAAAACAAAGGUGUUUCUUAGAGCUGGACAGAUGGCUGAAUUAGAUGCUCGAAGAACUGAAGUUGUCGCUAGUGCGGCAAGGCACAUCCAAAGGCAAAUCCGAACACAUCUCACCCGAAAAGAAUUCAUCACCCUAAAACGGGCUACAAUUCAUUUGCAGAAACUUUGGAGAGCACAACUUGCACGUAAGCUGUAUGAAUAUAUGAGAAAGGAAGCUGCUUCAAUCCAAGUACAGAAACACGUGCGUGCUCACACAGCAAGAAAAUCUUACACAAACUUGCAGGCAUCAGCAAUAGCUAUUCAAACUGGAUUGCGAGCAAUGGCAACUCGCAAUGAAUACAGACACAGAAGAAGAAACAAGGCCACAACUAUAAUUCAGACUCAAUGGCGAAGAUACCAUGCUGUUUCUGUUUAUAACCACCAGAAGAAAGCAACUCUUAGACUUCAAUGUCUCUGGAGAACAAAGGUUGCAAGGAAGGAGCUUAGAAAGCUGAAAAUGGAAGCAAGAGAAACAGGGGCACUUAAGGAAGCGAAGGACAAGCUGGAGAAGCGUGUUGAAGAGCUAACAUGGCGGCUAGAAUUUGAAAAGAACUUGAGGAUUGAUUUUGAAGAAGCAAAAGGACAUGAAAUUGAAAAACUACAACGUGCCUUAAGUGAAAUGCAAGGGCAACUAGAUGAAGCAAAUGCUGCAGUCAUUCACGAGAAGGAAGCAGCAAAAUUGGCAAUUGAACAAGCCCCACCAGUCAUCAAAGAGGUACCAGUUGUGGACAACAGCAAGGUGGAGGAACUGACACUUCAGAAUGAGGAACUGGAGGGUGAGAUAAGAGAGCUAAAGAAGAGGGUUGAGGAAUUUGAGCAGAAAUAUUCUGAAGUUGAAAACGAGAGCAAAGCAAGACUAAAAGAGGCAGAAGAUUUACAGCUGAAAACUUCAGAGCUACAAGAGACCAUUGAAAGAAUAGAACUGAACUUGUCCAACCUUGAGUCUGAGAACCAGGUUCUACGUCAGCAGGCUUUGGUUGCAUCAACAAAUGAGGACCUCUCUGAGGAAGUGAAAUUACUCAAGAGCAAGGUUGGAGAUUUGGAGUCAGACAAUGAGUUGCUCCGGAGCCAAAAAGUCACUGUGGAGCAAAUAACUACUCCUGAACGGGUACAGCUGCAAUCCAAGUAUUUUGGCAAUGGGCACCACAGAGAAGAGGAGCGUCACCAACCAUUUGAAGUACAUUAUCAAACUGCAAAAGAAUCGGAGCCUCUUUCCCCCCACCUAACUAAACAAAGAUCCCUAACAGACAAGCAGCAGGAAAACCAUGAUGUAUUGAUCAAGUGCCUCAAGGAAGACAAGAGGUUUGACAAGAGCAUACCUGUUGCUGCCUGCAAUGUGUACAAAGCACUUCUCCAAUGGAGAUCUUUUGAAGCAGAGAAGACAAAUAUAUUCGAUAGGAUUAUCCACACAAUCCGAUCAUUUAUAGAGAAAGGUCAGGAUAACAUUAAGGAUCUGGCAUAUUGGCUCUCAACAACUUCUAGCCUUUUGUUUCUUCUACGAAAUACAAUCAAGGCAAGCAAUGCACCUAAUGCGGCUUCACAUCGAAAUCGAACCUCACCCACAACCUUGUUUGGUAGAAUGGCACAAGGUCUCCGUUCAUCGUCAAUGGGCAUGGGAAUUUCCAGUGGGUACAGUGGAAUGGAGGGAAACACAGUGGCACAAUCAAAAAUAGAGGCUAAAUACCCCGCCCUACUAUUUAAGCAACAUCUGACUGCAUGUGUUGAGAAAAUAUAUGGUAUGAUCCGUGAUAGCAUAAAGAAAGAGAUUAGUCCAUUCUUGAACUUGUGCAUUCAGGCACCAAGAAUGACAAGAGCCAGGGCAAUCAGAGGUUCAUCUAAAAAUAUCCAUUCAAGUAUAGUUGCAAAACAACAGGCAUCAAGCAUACACUGGCAAAGUAUUGUCAACAACUUGGAUCAUACCUUGAGCAUCCUAUCAGAAAAUCAUGUCCCCUGCAUAAUCACAAGGAAAAUCUUUGGUCAGGUAUUUUCAUUCAUAAAUGUCCAGCUUUUUAACAGUUUAUUGCUUCGGCGUGAGUGCUGUUCAUUCAGCAAUGGAGAAUAUGUAAAGGCUGGUUUGCAUGAACUGGAACAGUGGUGCAAUAAAGCAACAGAUCAGUUUGCUGGAUCAUCAUGGGAUGAACUCCAACAUAUAAGGCAAGCUGUAGGAUUUCUGGUUUUGCAUCAAAAGCCUAAAAAAUCACUGGACGAGAUCACAAAUGAACUCUGCCUGAUGUUGAGCAUUCCACAAAUAUAUCGCAUUGGAACUAUGUUUUGGGAUGACAAAUACGGAACCCAAGGAUUCUCUUUAGAGGUACUUGGAAAAAUGAGGGCACUGAUGGCAGAAGAUUCAAUAAUCAUGCCAAAUAACUCUUUUUUGCUUGAUGUGGACUCAAGCAUACCUUUCUCUAUGGAAGAGAUAUCCUGAACCUUGCUUGAUAUCAGCAUAUCCAACGUGGAUCCACCACCCCUUCUCCAUCAAAGAUCUGUUUUUCAUUUCCUGUUGCAGCCAACAGAUUGAGAUUUUACUUUUUUUCUAUUCUGAUUUUACAAGAGAAAGGAAAAUUCCCAUUUUUUGUUUUUGGUUUUUUGGGUGAGAGGAUGAGUAAAUGAGUGCUCUGAAUGUAAUUUUUUAGCCUUCUAUGUUAUUUUUUUAAAUUUUUUUUUUUUUCGUUCUCACCUUCAGAAUACACGAUGAUUUUUCAAUUGUUUUUCAUUCAAUAGUCUCUUGGAAUUGGGCUGUUGAAUUGAUUGUUGUAUAGAGGACAAUAAUUAUUCAAAUUAAAUAUAAGCGAGAAUAAUUUUUUUGCUCU